CUGUACAUGUCUCUCGGCCUUUCCUAAUGGUUAUCAAAAGAUCUAGCCUCCUCGCCGCCAACCACCUCCAAUCGUUUCAUGCAUCUUUGAGCGCUUCCCAGUCGUCUACGUCACCAAGCUGUCGACAUCGAGGCACACAAGGCACACGACCAUCACAAUGUUUCCAAUACGGAUACGCGACCAUCGCCGGUGACAGUAGUGAUAAGGGUCACAGUGACCCAGCGGAGAAAGCAGAGCCAGAGCCAGCACACGUAUGGCCUGAGCCACAUAAAGGGCAGAAUAGUCCCACUCCAUACCAGAUAUUCGAUCUUAAGCAUGAUGGAGAAUAUCGCAAAGCGCAUUACUACAAACUAGUCAAGCUAUACCAUCCAGACUUGCACGGUAAUGGCAAGUCGAAAGAUGACCCCGCACAUCAACUCAAGAUGGAGCGGUAUCGUCUCAUAGUGGCUGCGCACAACAUUCUCUCGGAUCCUACCAAACGCAGCGCAUACGAUCGAUUCGGUUCGGGCUGGAAUGGCAAGGCAGAAGUUGGGAGCAGAGAUACUUGGGGAACACCCUCCCCAGCCGGGCCAUUCAGCCAGAGUUGGCGUGAUCCCAAUGACCCGGUCUGGCAGAACGCCACCUGGGAGGACUGGGAGAGGUGGCGGCAACACAGGGACUCAGGCGGUAAGACAAAGACGCCGCCUGUAUACAUGGCCAAUUCGUACUUUCUGGCAGCAAUUGUCGCUCUAGCAAUCAUCGGCAGCUCGCUAAAUGGCAAGCGGGCAUCAGAAGCGGGCAGCUAUUUGGUAGAGCAGAGAGACAUCGUACAUGACAGAGCUGCUAAGGAACUGCGAAAAGUCAGGCAGGAAGCAAAUGGCAUGACGAAUAGACAAGAUCGGAUAGACUUCUUCGUUCGGCAGCGGGAAGCCACCCAGGACACAAGAGGCUAUCAGGAUUUACAGGAGGAGAAAGCGAGUCGAGUAUUAAAGGAUCGGGAGAUUUGUGCGAGCGACAACAUCAGUGAAAGUUGAACGAGUUAGUUGGCAGAUCAACUCGUCCUUCAUUCGAUGUUCCUAAGAAAACGGAGCAUCUC